AUGGGAAGCCCGAGCAAUGAGAACCACCCUCCCGCUCUGCAGCAGCUGCCACAGCCAGCCAUGGACAAAGGCAAGGCCAAGGGCGACCUUACCGUGGUCGUUGCCGCCGAACCCGAGCUGCAGGAGGACGAAGAGCUGUUCAGCGAGUCCGAGUCAGGUGCAGAGUCGAUCGAGAUCGCCGACCUGAAGAAGCGCAUGUGGAAGGACCAAAUGCUUCUCAUGAAGCUGGAGGGCAGCUCGGGCCACGGCCGGCGAGCCGACACACAGUGGCCAGGCUCGGACCCGCUGGCCCAGGCGCAGAACGAGCUACCAGAGACGCCCGAGUCGCGGUACCGCCGCAAGGCGAUGCUCCGGGCGCAGGACGGCGUCCUCCGGCACAUGCUGCGGAUGAUGGAGGCGUGCAACGCGCGGGGGUUCGUGUACGGCAUCGUGGACGAGGCCGGCGUGCCCGUGUCCGGCUCCUCCGACAGCCUCCGCGGCUGGUGGAAGGAGGACGUCGGGUUCGAGCGGACCGGGCCGACUGCCCUGGCCGGCGGCGGCGGCGGCACGGGGACGACGGACCUCGAGGAGAGCCCGGCGGCGGCGGCGUCGUUCCUCCACGGGCUCCUCGACAUCCAGGACAGCACGCUGGGGUCCCUGCUCUCGGCGCUGAUCCAGCACUGCGAGCCCCCGCAGCGGAGCUUCCCGCUGGACAGGGGCCUGCCGCCGCCGUGGUGGCCGACGGGGCAGGAGGUGUGGUGGGGCCUGCAGGGCGAGACGCAGGCGCACCAGGGCCCGCCGCCGUACCGGAAGCCCCACGACCUGAAGAAGGCGUGGAAGAUCUCGCUGCUGAGCGCGGUGAUCAAGCACCUCAGCCCGCGGUUCGACCAGAUGCGCAAGCUUGUGUGGCAGUCCAAGCGGCUGCAGCACAGGAUGAGCGCCCGGGACGCCGAGACCUGGUCCAGGGUCAUCACCCAGGAGGAGGCGCUCGACCGCCAGGUGCAGCGCGCGCUGCAGAUCACACCACUCGACGACGACGACCACGACGAGGAGGACGUCGCUGAUGGUCCAUGGAACACGGAGCGCAUUCUGCACGUCGACAAGCGAAAGCGCGGUGUCGGCACCGAGAGCGCGGGCGGAAAUGGUGGCAGUGGUAGGGAGCUGGUGUCACUGCCGGGCAUCGACGGCAUUGCUGAGGCGGACCGCAACUCCAUCGACGAGCUCAUGAAGAUGUACUACAGCUGCCUCCAGGGGACAGACGAUGGGGAGCAGGAGAUCAAGGACGUAACUGUUGUCGGGCCUGGAAAUGGAGAACAGAGCAAUGCUGCUGCCGAAGCCGGCGCACUGGACGCGACCACGCUGCAGGAUGAUAUGCUUGAGGAUUUCCUGAGCGUCCCCGAUGUGCUGAACAUCAGUGACUUCCCGGGCAGUCCGGUAUGGCGCUGGGGGAGCUCAGAUCUCGAUUAG